AUGCAUCUGAAAAAAAUAUUCGCACUGUUCGCUGCCGGCCUGGCAGUAGCCCAGGCUGUUCCAACGUCGAAGACCGAAGAAACUUUGGAAAAGGAGAUCCUGAAGUUGGAAGAAGAAGUGAAGGACCUGGAGAGAUCUAAGAAGUCGGUGCUAUAUUUAAAUCAGCCUUCGACGCUCUUCCCAACUCAAACCUACAGUAUCCAGGUGCCUGGGCAAUCAUCGAUGCAGACCCUAAGUAUCCAACAGCCUGAGCAAACAUUCAGCAUUCAAGCCAAUGGUCAACCAGCUCAGCUCCUCAACAUUCAACCAGCGUCACAGGUUGCCGAAACCAUUAGCAUUCAAUCUAAUAGUCAACCAGCUCAGCUUCUUAACAUCCAAUCGGUACCACAGGCUGUUGAAACUGUAAGCAUUCAAGCUAAUGGCCAACAAAAUCAACUUUUUAAUAUCCAACCACAAACUGUUGAAACGCUCAGCUUUCAACAACCUGCCCAAACUUUCAGUAUCCAAGCCAAUGGACUACCAAACCAGCUUCUUAAUAUCCAAUCCGUACCGCAAACUGUCGAAACUCUCAACAUCCAACAACCAGUUCAAACCUUGAGUAUCCAAGCCCAUGGUCAACCAACUAAACUUUUCAAUAUUCACUCCGUUCCACAAAAUGUCGAAACCCUUAGUAUUCAAUCCAAUAACCAACCAGCUCAGCUCCUCAAUAUUCAAUCGGGACCACAAACUGUGGAAACUCUCAGCAUCCAGUCCAAUCCUCAACAGUCUGCAGUCUUCAAUAUUCAACCUGGAGCGCAAUCCGUCGAAACUCUCAACAUCCAGCCAAUAGGACAGCCUGUUCAAACUCUGAGCUUUAUCCAGGGACAACCUAGCGCCACCCUGAUUGCUCAGCCGAGUUCGUCAUUCACGGAGAUUAUUCAAUCGGCUCAACCACUGCCAGCGCAAACCAACGUGAACAUCGUUCAACAACCUUCGGUUUCGGUCAAGGAUGUGGUGGUGUCGAGCGAUCCAGUCGUCGAAACAAUCACUCGGGAAGUUGUCAAGCCCGUGGCGGAAGAAAUCAUCGUUUCGCCAGUGCAAAAUGAAGUAGUCAUGGACGUUGCUUCGGUGGUACCAACUUACAGAGAGCAGGUGGUCGUUUCACCAUCCAACUCUUUUUUCAUGAUGUCGGAUCCGGAGAUGUCGUCCUACGUGAAUGUUCCUCAAAUGCAGUUCUACAACCCAAGAGUUCUGACAUCAGUGAGACCUGCCAACCUGAUAAUAGAAGAACCAAUGCGCGUAGUGAAGGACAACGUGGUCGACACCAUGCAAAGCAGAAUAUUGGGUGGCCGUGUGACCGAGUCAGUGGUCUCGCGCUUAUUUUAA